CAUAAAGGACGUUACCCUUGUUGAAGUUUAACUGAAGAGGUAAGUUUUUUGAGUCAUUCCCUCCUACAGCCUAUAGCAUCCCCCAAGGAGGAAGACAGAGAACAAGGACCUGCAGUCCUAGAGGAAUGAAGAUUUACCGGUCAGAGCUAUGACUGGGAAGAAAAAGCAGGCGAGAUAAAUUGCAUUGGAGACACAACAACUCGUAUUCAUUCGCUUAAGUUAUCAUUCUUCUCUAUGGAGCAAGAAGGAGCUGCGGCUCGUGAGGAUGCAGGCUCCCAGCUGAUGUACAGAAUAGAGCGUCCAGUAUACGAUGAAGCCUUCAUCAGGAAGCAACUUCUCCACCGCAAAAAACAGUCCACCUCCUUCCGACAGAGGCUGGCAGAGAAGUUCCAAUGUUCAUCAGAAAGGGCCAAGGCCAUAGCUCUGAGUUUCCUGCCUAUUUUAACAUGGCUACCAUCCUAUCCAGUCAAGCAGUAUCUCUUUUCCGAUGUGGUCUCAGGGCUCAGCACAGGAGUUGUGCAGCUCCCACAAGGGUUAGCCUAUGCUAUGCUAGCUGCUGUGCCUCCAGUCUAUGGACUGUACUCCUCCUUUUACCCUGUCGUGCUGUAUACCAUCUUUGGUACAUCUAGGCACAUAUCUGUAGGAACCUUUGCAGUCAUAAGUCUGAUGAUUGGGAGCGUUGCCGUAAGGGAAGCUCCAGAUUCCAUGUUUAUCCUACCCGCCAAUGGCUCCAACCAUUCUGAAAGCCUGGAUGAGGAGGCUCGUGAUGCUAGGAGGGUCCAAGUGGCCGUGGUGCUCACCACCAUGGCGGGAUUUAUUCAGAUUGUUCUUGGACUUCUUAGGUUUGGCUUUGUGGCAAUCUAUCUCACAGAGCCUCUGGUGCGAGGCUUCACUACUGCAGCAUCCAUGCAUGUUGUCAUCUCCCAACUCAAAUAUUUACUGGGGGUGAAAACUCAGCGUUUCUCUGGACCCCUGUCUGCGAUUAAUAGCGUCAAAGCGGUACUCUGUGAAAUCACAAAAACAAAUAUUACCACUUUUCUCCUGGGCUUUGCGUGCCUCAUAUUCUUGUACCUAAUCAAAAUCGUUAAUGAACGCUACAAGAAGAAGCUUCCAGUUCCCAUUCCUGGAGAGAUUAUUGUGGUUAUUGUGUCAACCGGGCUCUCUUACGGUUUAUCCUUAUCAGAUAACCACAAGGUGGAUAUAGUUGGGAAAAUACCAAAAGGGCUCCGCGCCCCUGCUGUCCCAGAAUUCUCUCUGUUACCCAAUUUGAUCACAGACUCAUUUGCUGUAGCUGUUGUAGGAUUCUCAAUGGGCAUCUCACUUGCCAAGACCUUUGCCCUGAAGCACAGCUACAGCGUGGAAGGUAACCAGGAGCUGAUCGCUCUCGGUCUGUGCAACUUCAUCAGCUCUUUCUUUCACACCUUUGCCAUCACUUGCUCUAUGUCAAGGAGUUUGGUGCAGGAGAGCACAGGAGGAAAAACGCAGAUUGCAGGGCUCCUGGGAUCUCUCGUGGUGCUGCUCGUGGUGGUUGCCAUCGGUUUCGUCUUCCAGCCGCUACCUCAGACCGCCCUGGCAGCCAUCAUCAUGGUCAAUUUGAUCGGGAUGUUCAAGCAGUUCAAGGAUAUUCCCGGUCUGUGGAGGACCAGCAAAAUCGAACUGGCCAUCUGGUUGGUUUCCUUUGUAGCAUCGGUGCUGUUGGGUCUGGAUUACGGCCUCCUGGUAGCCAUCAUGUUCGCCUUAUUAACAGUCAUCUACAGGACACAAAGCCCCAAAAGCUCCCUCCUGGGCUACGUUCCCAACACAGGGUUGUACUAUGAUGUGGAUGAAUAUGAAGAGGCAUCAGAGUACGAGGGGAUUAAGAUUUUCCACUCCAACUCCUCAAUCUACUUUGCCAACAGUGACCUUUAUGUGAACACGCUCAUAGAGAAGACAGGAGUAAACCCCGAACAGUUAAAAGCAGCUCGGAAAGCCCAGAAAAAAAGGCGGAAGGCAAACAGCAACCACAGCUCUCCUCUAAAGAUAUGUGCCAAGUACCAGGACGAGACUGUGACCCAUGAGAUUUUGCCUCUGAGCUAUGAGACACUGGAGCGGAGGAACGGCCAGUUAGAGAAUGAUUCACUGCAUUUAUCUUCAGAGGAGGCCGUCUUCCUCAAGCCCUUCGGGUCCAUCCACUCCAUCAUCCUGGACUGGACUAAUGCCAGCUUCAUCGACUCCGUAGGAGCCAAAGCCAUCAAACAGAUAAUUAAGGACUAUGCUGCAGUGGAUGUUAGGGUGGUCAUAGCCGGCUGCAACAGAAACUUGUUGGAUGAGCUGGACAUGUUACGGUUCUUCACCGGGCACAUGACUACAGAUGUGGUGUUCCCCACUGUCCAUGAUGCAGUACUACACUGUAACUCAAAUUCCAGCCCACCUACUGAUCUGGAUGAAACAACCUGACCGAGGGGGGCUCCUGUAAACGAAGACAAUCACAGGAGAGACGUCCAGACCCAGACAGCAGAUCUGCGGGAUGCCCCCAGCUGACCAAAGGUCUCUGACAUCCAGCAUCACAGCAGAGGAACUGAAGAGCAUUUUUAUUU